UGUGGUCAUACACAGAGUUCCUAAAAUAAAAUGCUCCAGGAUAUCCCAGGAACUCUUAGAAGGCUUUAAAAACGGACUUUCUCACUGACAGCAUAUCUUUGAUAAAGACACUUCAGGCGAGCAGAAUGACUAUUGCGAAAAGAAUUACGUGAUGUUGCAAUCUUGAAGUGGGUCCGGAGAAUCCUUGCCACCUAACUUGUCAUGGUCAGGGGGAGUCUGAUGAGAAUCCAGUUGUGAUAAAGACAAUUGUUUUUUUUCCUCCCCAAGUGACUAUACAUUUAAAUAGCUAAAACAUCUGUUCAGCAACAUAGUAAAACAUCUACACCCGGAACGCCUGAGAGAGGAGCUUGCCAAACCAUCGGUUGAGAGGGACUUUGCUGGGGGGAGCACAACAAGAUAAAGCAACCGCUGUUUAUUUUGUCUGGUCAGGGGGAGAGCCGAGGCAACCAAUAUUUUGGGUUUCUUUUACUUCAUUUGUGUGGAGAACUAUUUGAGAAGGGCUGGUGAGGGGCUCUUUCCUGAUAGGACCUUUUUCAGCUGUCCAUUAGCAGAAGAGCAAGAGAACUUUGGAUGUCAACACCUACCAGAUUCUUGAAACCGGCCAACAGACCACAAACAGCGACUCUCUUCUUGUCUGGCCUUCACAUCCUUCCCAAUGGAAGCAGAAACGGGGAGCAGCAGGGAGACUGGGAAAUCGGCCAGCAAAGGCACUCGGAUCGCCCUGGUGGUGUUCAUCGGUAGCACCCUGGUGCUGGGCACCAUCCUCUUUCUAGUGAGUCAAGGUUUCUUAAGUCUCCAAGCUAAACAGGAGUACUGCCUGAAGCCAGAAUGCAUCGAAGCUGCUGCUGCCAUCUUGAGUAAAGUAAAUCCGUCUGUGGACCCUUGUGAUAAUUUCUUCCGGUUUGCUUGUGAUGGCUGGAUAAACAGCAAUCCGAUUCCCGAAGAUAUGCCAAGCUAUGGGGUUUAUCCUUGGCUGAGACAUAAUGUGGACCUCAAGUUGAAGGCACUUUUGGAGAAAUCAAUCAGUAGAAGGCGGGACACUGAAGCCAUACAGAAAGCCAAAAUCCUUUAUUCAUCUUGCAUGAAUGAGAAAGCGAUCGAAAAGGCAGAUGCCAAGCCAUUGCUACACAUCCUGCGGCACUCACCUUUUCGCUGGCCUGUGCUCGAGUCUAAUAUCGGUCCUGAAGGGGUUUGGUCAGAGAGAAAGUUCAGCCUUCUUCAGACACUUGCAACGUUUCGUGGUCAAUACAGCAAUUCUGUAUUUAUCCGUUUGUAUGUGUCCCCUGAUGACAAGGCAUCCAAUGAACACAUCUUGAAGCUGGACCAAGCAACGCUCUCCCUAGCUGUGAGGGAAGACUACCUUGACAAUAGCACAGAAGCCAAAUCUUAUCGGGAGGCCCUUUACAAGUUCAUGGUGGAUACUGCCGUACUUUUGGGUGCUAAUAGCUCCCGAGCAGAGCAUGACAUGAAGUCAGUGCUUAGACUGGAAAUUAAGAUAGCUGAGAUAAUGAUUCCACAUGAAAACCGAACCAGCGAGGCCAUGUACAACAAAAUGAACAUUUCCCAACUGAGUGCUAUGAUUCCCCAGUUUGACUGGCUGGGUUAUAUCAAGAAGGUCAUCGAUACCAGACUCUACCCUGACCUGAAGGACAUCGGCCCUUCAGAGAACGUGGUGGUUCGUGUCCCGCAGUACUUUAAGGAUCUGUUUAGGAUAUUAGGCUCUGAGAGGAAGAAGACCAUUGCCAACUAUUUGGUGUGGAGGAUGGUUUAUUCCAGAAUUCCAAACCUUAGCAGGCGCUUUCAGUAUAGGUGGCUGGAAUUCUCAAGGGUAAUCCAGGGGACGACAACUUUGUUGCCUCAAUGGGACAAAUGUGUAAACUUUAUCGAAAGUGCCCUCCCUUAUGUUGUUGGAAAAAUGUUUGUGGAUGUGCACUUCCAGGAAGAUAAGAAGGAGAUGAUGGAAGAAAUGAUUGAGGGUGUUCGCUGGGCCUUUAUUGACAUGCUGGAGAAGGAAAAUGAGUGGAUGGAUGCAGGAACCAAAAAGAAAGCCAAAGAAAAGGCAAGAGCUGUUUUGUCCAAAGUUGGCUAUCCUGAGUUUAUAAUGAAUGAUACUUAUGUUAAUGAAGACCUCAAAGCAAUCAAGUUUUCAGAAUCUGACUACUUUGGCAACGUCCUGCAAACUCGCAAGUAUUUAGCACAGUCUGAUUUCUUCUGGCUGAGAAAAGCUGUUCCAAAAACAGAGUGGUUUACAAAUCCAACGACUGUCAAUGCUUUCUAUAGUGCAUCUACCAACCAAAUCCGAUUUCCAGCAGGAGAGCUCCAGAAGCCUUUCUUCUGGGGAACAGAAUAUCCGAGGUCUUUGAGUUAUGGUGCUAUAGGAGUAAUUGUUGGACACGAAUUUACACAUGGAUUUGAUAAUAAUGGUAGAAAAUAUGAUAAAAAUGGAAACCUGGAUCCUUGGUGGUCUCUGGACUCCGAAGAAAAGUUUAAGGAAAAAACAAAGUGCAUGGUUAACCAGUAUAGCAACUAUUACUGGAAGAAAGCUGGCCUAAAUGUAAAAGGGAAGAGGACCCUGGGAGAAAAUAUUGCCGAUAAUGGAGGUCUGCGGGAAGCUUUUAGGGCUUAUAGGAAAUGGAUAAAUGACAAGAGGCAGGGAGUUGAGGAGCCUCUGCUACCAGGUAUCACAUUCACCAAUAACCAGCUCUUCUUCCUGAGUUAUGCUCAUGUCAGGUGCAAUUCCUACAGACCGGAAGCUGCCCGAGAACAAGUCCAAAUUGGUGCUCACAGCCCUCCUGAGUUUAGGGUCAAUGGUGCAAUUAGCAACUUUGAAGAAUUCCAGAAAGCUUUUAACUGUCCAUCCAAUUCCACGAUGAACAGAGGCACGGACUCCUGCCGACUCUGGUAGCUGGACUGCUGGUGUAUGCCAUCCUGAAAGAGUUGUACAGCACCAGUAGAGGCUGCACUGAGCAUGCACCGCCUACUGCGUUAGGCCUAUAUUCCCCUGAGGACCUUUAUUUUUAAUGCAUCUUCAUUAUUUGGGUAUUGCUUGGAUCUAAACAGUAUCUUUUCAAAGUUGUAAGGCUUAAAAAACUGGAAUACAAGAAGUGAACCAAGCAUGUUUCUUUAAAAAUACCAAACCAACAAAAAUCUCUAGGAUACUUACUUUUGUUAAAACGCUAUCUGCUGAACUAUUGCAAUUGUCCAUUUUAAUGUGUCAGCCACAGCUAAGUGGUAUAUAACAUUUUAAUCUCCAGCUUUGCAGGGGCCUAAAUAGAAUGUAUCCAGAAAAAAAUUCUGUCUUUUAAACUUUUAACCCUAAAUGAAGAGGACAUGUUCCUGGAUAUCUGGGAGGUUUUCCUGCUCUGUGAAAUGCGUUACUAGAUUUUAUGUAUUGUCAUUACCCAGCAUUUAUUAAAUCUUAGGUAGUUAUAUUAGAAAUAUGUUACAUCUUCAUUUUGUAAUUGUUGAUGACAUUCUACACUUUAGCUUUGGAAUAUAUUGGGAUGAAAAUGGCCUCACAGCUUGUAUCUGAUGUAGCCGAUUGCCCUGUUCAAGUCAGCAUGAACAGGCUGGGAGAAAGGCUACUUGGUAAAGGACUUGAGUUAUCAAAUAGGAAAAAAGGAUACAUUUUUAAGUCCCAGAAGAAGUCAAAACUCUUACUCAUGUAACAGCAGGGACACUAGGAGAUGAAAUCUCCAAAAUUUGAUGUAGUCUGCUCAAACCUCAGUGAUUAUGUCUGUCUGCCAGACACUUUUCUUUAGUCCAAUUGCUGUUUGUCUUCUUAUCCUCCUAUAUGUGCAUUCUCCUGUUUCUAAAACUAGUAGUCACCGAAUAAAUGCUGUUUGAAUUUCCCAUUAGGAACAGAUAGCUUUCAUCCCAUUUUAGUACAAAGGGCCAAACACUACAUUGAGAAGGGCACAAAGUACCCUUCUGUUUGGGCUCAAUUAAUGUUAGCUCUUACUUAAAAAGCCUUUUUGAAAAAUUUCUUGAUUGAAGUCAUUUUCUAAUCUAUUGAUUAAAUGUAAAAGUCUUUGCAUAGUUCAAAUAAACAUAAUUUUUAUGCUUCAAGUCUUCUUCUAAAGAGUCUGUAAGGAAGAGCCGUACUGUUUUGAGCUUCAGAGCUUUAUCCUUUCAAGUGAACUCAUAUAUCUUUUAUCAGUGUGUGUAUGUGUGUGUGUGCGUGUGUGUGUGUGUGUGUACAUGUGUGUGUGCAUGCACACACGCACAGGAUAAAAUUGUAAUGGCCUUUAAAUGGUUACUUGGCAUUUAUGGUUUCUUAAAAUAGCCAUCCCUCCAUUGACAUUAUUCACUGUACAUGUGAUUCUGGAUUAAGUGGGCCAAUGAGAAAAUCUCUAAAGCAAAAUGACAAAUUCAGACCAACUAUAGGAGGCCAUUUUGCAUCCCUGUGAUUUGUCAUCCUUUUAAAAUAUAUAUAUGUGUGUGUGUGGCAUGUCCUUUUGUAACCAUGGGAACUUCAAAGGGAGAAAAAUACAGCGGCACCAUCAUGAGGAAAAGAAUUAUAUUGUGUUAGUCAGAGGAGAGUGAUUUUCCCCUUGACUUCUUCCUCUCUGAAUGGAUAAACUUCUGAAGGGCAGCUACCUUUCCUCCUCUUAACUAUGGCUUACUAUGCCAUUAGUUUGUAAUUUUAAAAACAAGCACUCGUAGGUUAGGGGUGAUGGAAACAUAUGUCCCUUUUCUCUGGAGGAGUCAUUCUGCUGUGUUUUAGACAUAACAAGAUACUCCUUGUUUUAUUCCUGUUCUUGGACAUUUAAAAUCAGCUGAGGUUUGUUAUGCUUUUAGGAAAAGCAUUUUCCUUCUACAUUUGUCUUUUUAAACUCCAAAUAAACACAUUACUGCAAAUCAGAGAACGUGUUUGAUAAAAGCAUAGAAUUAUGACUUUGAAAAUGGGAAUUGUUCAGUCACUUAUUGGUUUAGAAAAACUGAUUGGUGAUCACUUGGGAGCCUCACAGUUUCUAAAUGAUGAGCCUGCCUUGUUCUCGUUAACUCUAUUUGAAAUAACUCAAUUACACUGAAAUUUUAGAAAGGAUGGCCAUUAUUAAAAUAAAAUGAAACCAAAGCAUUAGUACCAAAUCAUCACUACUAGCUAGAACAAUGUACUAGUUGGAUUGUAUUUCCAAAUACAUGCCCGUGUUUAAGUUUUCAGAUUACACUCUUGUUGUCCCUUCUCUUCAAUACAGAUUGCUAAAAGAAGCAGACAGUGGUUAAGGGGUGGAUGGUAAAAUGCAAUUGGAAGGGAAGGAAACAAGUAGAGAGAAGCUGGCCUAAGAAUGUGAUUCUGAGGAGAAGGCAGUAUUUUGGCAAUCUUCUCUAAGCACAUCCACUGAAGGAGAGCCAUAAAGUUUUACAAAAAUAAUUAUGGUAAAUUAAAAGGAAAUUAGAUAUUGGAUCUCAGACUAGGACUGCCAUAGCACACUUCUCUGAUUCAUAUACCAGAUGUUCUGCCAGUGAACUAUUUCUGGGCAUUGGAAGGAGUUAUAGUUUUUUUUUAUUUGUUUGUUUGUUUUUUGUUUUGUGUGUGUGUGAAAAUCUGGAUUAGUCAAGGAUUUCAUGUAUAUAAAAUGGUAUUGUUUGGGCUUAUCACCAUUGCCCAAAGUUUCUUGAGCUUUUCACCAACCACACAGCAUUGGCCUCCUAUUUCCAUUUUUUCCUUUUAUGAGAUGGAUUUGGACAUGAUUAAUGCAAGCUCAGGAUUCAUAAGUUAUCCUGAAGUUUAUUCAGUGCCUUUCCUCAAUGGAGCUUAAAGCAUAGCACAUAAAUUUUUAUCUGAUUUAGCCCUGGAGCAUUGCUAAGAAGCAAGUAGGAGCUAUGGCUUGCCAUACAGGUUGUGCUCGUGCCAGAGAAGUGGAAAGGUUUGAAAUCACUUGUCAAGUAUUCCAGAGUCAGAAAAGGCAGAGCUUCCGUGUUUUGGCUGCUGACCUUGGCAUUAGCCUUCAUCCCUUCGAUUACCCAUCUCUAAAUACAUUUAUUUUAUCAAUAUUUCUAUAAUCUCAGCAUUUGAUAGGCUUGAUAUUUUUAGCACAAUGUCUCAGUCCUAUAUUAAAUUAUAGAAGGAUAUAUGAUUAUCUCAUGCAGUAACAUUCUCAUCGCCAGUGACAGGGCCCUACUGGUUUAAAGAAAGAUGUUCUUGGAUUAUGCAUUUUAUAUCUAAAUGGUCAUUGUAUUUUCUUCCCCUGCUUGUGAAACAAUGUGAACAAUCAUUUUAAG